GAUAGAUUGGACAUUUACUAAUUUAGGCAGUAACCGCUGACCAUAGCUAAAUCAGUUAUCAGUGUAACCACUUAUCGAUAAAAGGUUAUUUAAAUCGGAAGUUAAAAAACCAAAACGUAGAUAUAGAAAACAAGUAUGAGAUCUUUGUUUGACCGAAGAUGUGAUGACAUACCGUUGCAUUAGUUAAGAAUCCCGUAAAGUGGUAUCUUUGAAAUGGCAUCAUUUUCUCCAGCUAUUCAGAUCAAAACCUUCCAAGACUGGUUGAAGGGUGCUCUUGCUGUAUUGUUUGCAAAGCAGGGACUGGAAGACUUCGCGUCCGACGAACUGACACAAUAUCAAAAGGAACUAUUAGAAUCGAUACUCCGAAACAAAUGUAUACCUGCUGGAACAACUUGUAACACAUGUACCACUGAAAAUGUUCUUCCCUGUCCAACAACUGGAUUCUGCACCAAAGGAAAAUGUAAGGUACAUGAUCCAAACAAGCCAGAUAAAAGUCCUGACCAGCCUUGUCCGAAGAAUAUUUGCCAGAAUAUUCGAGACGCCAUCUGCCGGGAGCAUAGGCAUGGAAAACCAUUCUGGAAAAACUCAAAUGCAACAAAAUGGUGUUUUGAAAGUUAUGAAAUUGCCAAGUGUUAUAUGUCUCAGACCGAUGAUGCAGCUAACUCAUCAUUAAAAGAUACAGAUAUCAAUGGAAUACUGGCAGUCAUAAUGAACAACAAUCGCUUUCAGAAGAAAAUGGCGACUGAGCUAAACCUUCCAGAAAAUACAUGCACAAAGGCUUUAGACGUAUGGAACAAAAUCAGACAUUCAGCAGAGUUUUCUAUCUCAGACACGGAGCUUGCACAAUAUAUCAACACCCUGACAGACCUUCUGUCGGAUCCAAAAUACCUUGCUGCUGACCAGAAAGCACAAGAGGCAGUGGAUAAACUGAAACAGUUAAAAUCCAACACUCUGACAAUAACCACAAAUGACUUAAUUACGGUACUGGACACAGCUAUGGAAGACAUUGGUAUAAAGGAAAAAGUUAAAACCACAAUAACCAAGGUAGUGCCGACAGCAAAGGCAAAUGAAGACGAAGCGAAGGCAAGCACAUUACAUCAGCUUUUGCUCAAUGUGAAGUCUUCAGUGACCGGUAUACAAACAGUGACUGACUCUAGCUUGGAUCAAAUAAUUUCGACUGAGCUGUAUAUUCUUGACACUCUGCAAAAAGAUUCAGAUACAGUUCUUACCGAUUUGGACCUAGGAAAGAUUGCAGGGACAAUAGGUUUGAAUUGGGAUCUACUUGGACCACAGCUUGGACUUUCUAAAACAACCAUAGACCAUAUACAAAUGGAUUAUCCUACCUCUCAGAGAAGGAUAGUUCAAAUGUUAUACAUAUGGUGUCAAGAAGAAGGACCAAAUGGCACUAAAGGAAACCUUAUUAGAGCUAUGAGAAAUCAACCGUCUGUUAAUAUUGACUGGGAAGCACUUGAACAAUGGUUUGCAGACUCAAAGAAUGUCAUUCACCAGCCAGGAGAACAGACGCCAUCCAGUUCAAGCAGUUGUGAAAGACAGAUGGAGCUAGAUGAAACUGACUCAGCUGCUGGACAAACGGAAGUAGAUCUAUGUAAAAGUUUGAGAGAAGAUCUAAUAAGUUUCUACCGAAAACAUCACAGCACUAUACCUAUUUCACCUCUCGUAGAAGAACACGAUUUUCCGCUGACGGAAUUUUAUGUGCAGCCUCAGCUUACUUCCAUUGACAUACAAAAAAGGUUUGGGCAACUUGAACAGUACCAAAGGAGAACGCCAAUACACUCAUACCAUGACUUAUUUUGCCAAGGAGACGGCGAGUUUAGCAAAGACAUAUAUGUAGUAGCAAAGGCUGGAGUUGGAAAAACAUCCUUUGCAAAAAGAAUAUGUAUGACCUGGUGCCAAGCACAUAGUCCUAUUGAAUCAUUAAAAGAGAAUUUUAGAUCAGAAGAUAUAGUAGAAAUGAGAAAAUUCGAUCUAUUACUUUUGCUUCCUCUGAGGGAUACAGAUCCCUCUCUAUGUGAUCUUGAUAGCAUGGUUUUCAACGGAAUUCUGUGUGCCUUAGCUAGACGUUCAAGAUACUCGAUAGAAGUUUUAGAAGAUAUGCUUCAAGAAAGAACGAGUUUAGUCAUUUUAGACGGACUUGAUGAAUGGUCUCACCCUGAAACGUGUAGUCGAGGGUUUCGAGAUGCAAACAUUCUACCACACAUACCUGCAAGAGAACGAUGUACAGUCAUGACAACUACAAGACCUUGGAAAAUGGAUGCUGUUAAACUUAGCAUGAGACAAAUUGACAAGCAUGUGGAAAUAAAUGAACUGGAUGACCCAUUAUCAAAACAGCUUAUAGACAAUGCAGUCACAAUAUUGAAUAAACAAACAUUUCCGUACCAGUCAAAGACCACUGAAGAAUUUCAAACCGCAACAUCCUCUGUGAAGCUGGAUACCGUGAGAUAUAUCCCAUAUAUCUUGUUGCAAAUGAUCUGUCUUUGGUUUGAUGGGAAGACAAUAGGUAACUCAAGAUGUCAAAUAUACAGCAAUAUCAUAGAACUCACACUUUCACGAGGGCUGAGAAAGUUACAGAAAAAUGGUUUGUCUUACGGGAGUAGACCAAAUCUAGCAAAGGAAAGUGAAGUUCCGUACUGUUUCCAUUCUAAUGAAGUUAGUAAAUUGCACUACGACGUAUUACUAGGUCUAGGAAAAGUUGCUUUUGAAACAUUAUUUAGCUCAAAAAUGAAAUCCUGCCUUGUAUUUGACAGAAUGGCUGUGCUUGAUUCUUUAUCUGAAGAAAACCUCACAUUUUGUUUACGAAUGGGACUUUUGUCACAAAAUAAAGACCAUGGGACUCUCUCAGAAAGGAGUAGUAAACUCUCUUUUCAACACAAAUCUAUUCAAGAAUAUUUUGCUGCACUUUACAUUCAGUCUUGUCCUGACAGCAAAGAUACACAAGAGAGAAUUCUUCGAGUAUGUGAAACUUUGUCAACGAUAUUAGAAAUGUCAAAUGUUUUCAUUUUCCUGGCAGGGUUAAGUCAUGAGACGUGUGACAAGCUGCUACAGAUGCUACAUUCAGCUGUGUCAAAUGACGAGGCAACACAAAUUUAUAGGAGCAGCCUUUCUCAGUACGAGUUGCAAUUAGAAGAUAGGAAAAGCGAUGAAGUAAUGAAAUCUUUUCUGUUGAUGCAAACAGAUAUUGUACAAGAAAUGAAAGAAAGUGGAAGUAAAGAAGUGCAUUUUCGUACCGAAGAUAUAAUAAUAGAUAGAAACAUUGAUCAGCAACGACAAAUGUUGCUUACACCUCUCAUAGAGAACAACAAUGGCAACGUUAAAUCGCUGUGUAUUAGAUCAUGCGGACCAAAAGAUGAGCUUGGCAAUGUUUUGAAGACAUUUGGGUUACAGAAUGUGCAAUCCCUUCAAAAACUUGAAAUUCGCGGAGUGCCUGGACAGGAUGAUCUUCACCAUUUGCUGUCCGAAUCAGCGCAAACUUUAACAUGUUUAGGGCUUUCUUCUUGUAUUUAUGAGAAUGACCAGUAUCGCCCAGCUAUCCAACAGAUCUCGCCAGGAACAAUAACAACAAUAAUAAACAUGAAUCGAUUACAGUCUAUCAACUUCUGGAAUAUCCGCUUAGAGCACUCCUCUGUAGAGGACUUUUUCCAAUUUCUGGGAGAAAGAGAAGCUAUGACCGAGAUUACACUCAGUGAAAUGACGUGUACAGACUAUGACAAUCAGUGUACUAGCCACAACAUUGAUUUGUCAAAGCAUUUCAAACUCAGAUUGCUUCACUUAGCAAAUAUACCCGUAUCAGACAUCCAUGUUAAUUCAUCAGCACUUGAAACAUGUGUCUUUGGUCCGCUACCAAGAUCUGUCCUUCCAGCAUUAGUCAGAUGUCUUCAAGAUGCUACACAUCUUCAGAUAUUAUAUAUCAACAAUGCAAAAUUGAUUGAUGAAAUACCUGAAAUAUUGCCAAAACUGGUACACUUGGAGAUGUUAGGUGUAUUAGGCAUUGAUCUAGGAAACAACACCCUGACAUUGCCACCAGAAAUGAAGAGCAUAGUGACUGUUAUAUUUUAUAAAGUAAUAAUGAAUAAUGAUGCACUGAAACGUCUCGUUGAAAGUGUGAACGUUCUCCCGCAACCUGUGACUAUUGGUUUGACCCAGUGUGAUGUGAAACUAUCGAACGAGGGUCAACAGCGGAUAGAUUACGAUAUCAGAUCGUCAUCCGAAUACAAAGUCUUAACUGAUGACUCAACUUGGUUCAAGUUCCAAACGUGUAAAAGACUGUAGAAACUCUCGUUUUGGACUUGGUGUACUAGGACUGAUAUGGAAUUCAAUGUUGAUCAAAAUAUCUAAAGUACGUCAGUUUGUAAAAUAUGUUUAUAUUUCAAUGUGAUUGCAGAUAUUGAAGAAAGGAUGAAAUUAGGAUCAACAUAUCAACUUGUACCUUGCAUCUAGCAGAUAACACGCAUUUUCAUUUUAGCAGUUUCUGUCAAAGUGCAUAUUCAUAAAGAGUUGAUAUUAAGUAGUUUAUAUGCGAGUAUUUAAGUUCAAAUAUGGUCCUAGCACUAAGCAGUUUAUUUCGCUCCUUUUUGCUCUUUUCAGUAUGUGUGUAAAUGAUGUUCUUACUGUGACAUGCAGUUAAUUACUAGUAGUUCAUUUGUGACCUUUGCACCAAGUAGUUUAUUUCGCUUUUUUGUUCUUUCUAGUAUGUAUGUAAAUGAUGUGCCUAUUGUGUCGUGUAUUUAGUUUGGGUUCGAGAAUGACCCAUGCAUUAAAUAAUUAAUUUCGACUUUUCCUUUUUUCAAUAUACAUUGUAUUUGUAAAUGAUAUACUUACUGUGGAGUUUUGCUCUUUUCAGAAUGUAUGUAACUGAUGCGCUUUUUUGGCGAGUGUUUAGUUUCUUAAAGAAUGUUUUCGUUCAAUUUAAUCCCGUGUACCAGAUAGUUUACUUUUAAGUAAAUAUGUAACUUGCUGCGGCGUGUGUUUAGUUUUGCUACGAAUAUUUUAGUUCAAAAGAUUUAAUAAAAUUUCCGGGGUCAAUCGAUGAGUUGAGUUUAGGGAAAGAAAUCAGGAAACUAUUGCUAUAUUUUGUAAGAUGUCUUUUCUUAUUGAUAGAUUAUUAUUAUAGAAACACAUCAGAAUAAUUUGCUUUUUCUAAUUUUUCUUUACAAAAUUGAAAAGCGUUUGUAAUGGGUUACCGGAAGUAAACUGGUUUUUUAUUACUGAUGCGACACGGGGUCGAUUCCUGACACCAGAUGUUUUUUUUUUAUUUAACAUUUUUAGAUAGCUUAGAAACAAAAACUGGUGUUCUAAUGCAGGAAUAGCUCAUGUUUUUUCUUGUUAUAAAAUCUGCAGAAUUCCGAGGGAUUGGCUUGUACCCGAGCCCAGUAUUGCAAGGGUGCCAAAGAUUUUCGACGGAUACUGAAGAUGUUAUAACACGAAAAGAACAUGCGCUAACGCUUUUCUAGCAUUUCUCAACGUCAUUAGAUUUCCAUGAAAUACGCGAUAAAGUCUACGUUUUUUUCACGUUUAGUCAUUUCCUUUUGAAUUAUCUGUUUUGGGGCCAUAAUACGUUUACGCUUUGCCACGGAACGCACAUAUAUGAAAAGAUGUUAUAACAAUACGUGAGCGCGAGAAUCUCUCUGUUAACACAUGCUUUCUCUCCUUUUAAAACACCCCCUAAAAUUGACAAUAACAGCAGUUUUAUGCUAGAAUAUUCAUAAUAUGACCAAAGAAAAAUAUUUUAAAAGAAAAAUAAUUUUCAAAAUACAAAAAUUUUAUUUUUGAAUUUAAUAUUCGUUGAAAAUGAUUGUACUAAAUUCAUUUUCUAGUUUCAUCAAAAAAUCUUCAAGAAUUUGUUUGUUUGCUAUAUCUAUACAUGAUCUUGUAUAUUUGCACCAAUCACUUUAAUAUUGUAGAUUACAAUUAAAAUAAUAAAAUCAC